AUGCAGGUCUGCCACAGAGUUGGUGAAGUUGUCCAAUGGCGUAAGUCAAAUAUUGACCCUCGAGUUCAAACAAUUGGAUUUGUUCCAACCAUGGGGUGCCUCCACGAAGGCCAUAUGUCCCUAAUCAAAGCAUCAAAAAAGGAAAAUGAUUUUACCGUGGUUAGCAUAUUUGUCAAUCCUUCUCAGUUUGCCCCAAAUGAGGAUCUUGAUAAAUAUCCAAGAACUCUUCCCCAAGACUUAGCGCUCUUGGAGAGUGCUGGCGUCGAUAUGUGUUUCGCGCCUUCCGCAAAGGACAUUUAUCCACAAGGGAUUCCGCUAAAUGUAGAUGAGCAACGUGGUCCUUUCGUUACCAUUCUGGGUGUAAGUGAACAGCUCGAAGGUAAAACGCGGCCCAACUUCUUCAGGGGAGUUGCCACUGUUGUGACAAAACUACUGAAUAUUGUCUCCCCUACCACCGCCUAUUUUGGACAGAAGGAUAUUCAACAGUUCAUAGUGUUGAAGGUAAUGACAGAGCAAUUGUUUAUGAACACUACAAUCAAAAUGAUGCCCAUUGUGCGAGACGAGGCAGGUUUGGCUCUCAGCAGCAGAAAUCGCUAUCUGUGCGAAGAAAGCGUUAAGAAAGCUUCAAAUAUCCAUCGCGGCUUACAGACUGCAGCAGCUUUACUGACAGAAAAAUCCGAGGUCAGCAGACAAGAACUACUGACAGUUAUCGAGCAAAUUUGGGCACCAUUUGUAGCAUCCGGAGACUUUAAGGUGGAUUACAUUUCCAUAGCGGACUCUUUCGCACUGCAAGAAAAGAGAGAUGUUGUAUCCAGAAGCUCAGAUACGAUUAUCAGUUGUGCUGUAUACGUUCAAGAUAGACGCGAUCCUUCAACAACAGUGAGGCUCAUUGACAAUGUCAUCGUUUCUAAACGUUAG